AUGUCGAGGCUGUCCACCAUCAUCGCAGCGUGCUUUUUGCUCCUUCUCUCGGCGUUGGCCCAGGUGCAGGCGGCCAGCGAAACUUCGCUCUUUGCCGACACUUCUUGCAACUCUAACCUAUGCCUCCGCGUUGUCUACAGUCCCUCUGAAAAGAGGAUGAACAUGACCAUGUCCGCAAACGGCGGCGGUGCUCCCAUCGGCUGGUACAGUGUUGGCACUGGCAAACAGAUGGAUGGCUCCAACAUGAUGCUCGGCUGGGUGGAUACAGAUGGCAAAGUCGUCAUGUCUCAACGCACCGCUACUGGUCAUGUCUCACCAUCUUCCACCAUCACUGCAUUGGCAGCCAACCUCGAGCCGAAGCACUCCUUCUCCAAUAGUUCUGGCACCGUCUGGGCUUGGUCGUUCCCCAUGUCUGGCUCCGAAACGACGCCUUCCAAAUCCACACCCUUCAUUUGGGCAGCCAACAAAAAUGACAACCCUGCCUCGAGCACCACAGCCCAGAUCAAGCGCCACACAGCUUAUGGCUCCAUGACCUUGGAUCUCACCAAGCCGUAUGACGCCUCGGCGUCCUCGUCGUCUUCGGGCAGCGAUACGGGUAGCGGCACUGCUGUGAAUCCCGCCACGGGCGCUGGCAACGAGAAGCAAUCGAACCGCAUCUUGAACAGGAGCAACAACCUCAUCAUCGCGCACAUGGUCACGAUGAUAGUGGCUUGGUACAUCCUUGUGCCAGCUGCCAUCCUCAUCGGUCGAUUCGGUCGCGCCUUGUUCACGUGGUUCCCCGUGCAUCGCAACAUCCAGAUCGUCGCCUUCCUGUUCGUGCUGAUCGGCCUCAUCCUCAUUAUCGUCGAGGUCGGUUCGGGGACACACUUCGACAGCAUGCACGCCAAGGUCGGCCUUGCCAUCUUUAUCAUCAUGCUUGUGCAGAUGGCGCUGGGAGCCCUCGGUCACAAGACGAAGCGCUUCCAUGUUUCGAGGAUCGUCCAUGUUGUCAUUGGACUCACCAUCACCGUCCUCGCGGUUUGGAACGCUACGACGGGUCUGAGCCUGUGGCAGUGGGGUCCGCCUCGAUGGGCGAGCUGGAUCUUGUGGAUCUGGUUCGCGCUCGUUGCCCUCGCUUACGUGGCCGGCUUGGCGCUGCUUCCUCGCGACCUGCGACAGUGGCGGGAGGCUCCUGAAAACAAGAGCCCGGAGAAGCAAGCUUAUGUGGGCCUCGACCACCUCUCUUCGUCGGGCGCCUCUACACAGCAGCAUUCGCCCAGCGAGCCAAUUCCAUCGCACCCGGGUUGGGGCCCGCCGCCGCUGCAUACGGCACCUUCGCGUGCCUAUCAGAGCUACUCUUCGCCGUCGCAGAAAGCACCCGGCAAUCGCAUCUGA